ACGAACGGGGGAGAAAAAAAAAGCAUAGCACGCACAUGAUGCACCCAGCCAGCCAGCCAGCCAGCCAGCCAAACAGGCCUACGCUCACUUCCAUGUCCAUGAUCAUGAGCUACCUUGACCACCAUGACCCCAAACGUGCCAUGCCCGCGCGGCCGGCCGUGAAGGGAUGCCCGGCUGGCUUGUGCUGGUUCUGUCUUGUUCUCGGCUCUUGGUGUUUCCACUUCGUAUGAGAAAUUGGGUGGAAAGGAUCGCUAUGACGCCCGGGCGGGACCAGGGGGAGACCGGAUCCUUCAUAGCUCGGCUCCCGGUCGUGAAACAGAGCAGGACCAGGGGGGGUUGGCUUGGUUGGUGGCAGCCGGGGAUGGACGGGUUCGACGACCGGGGGGGUGGGAAUGUGGCCGGUCAGGGACAGGGGGUGGACAAAGGCCUGGAAGCAAAGCACCUACCUAUUUGGGACGACCGGUUUGUAUCCGCGGCAGAGGAACGGCGUUGGCUUCCUCAGUGCAAGACCAUUCUUCCCUGUUCUCAUCAAAGGUUGGCUUGGGUAGGGCUGAGGAUGUCUGGAGUGGUCUGGUGCGAAAAAGUAAACAGACACUGGUCUCUUUGGGGUGGUGGUGGAUCAUGAGCAUCAAUCACAUCGAAUUGAAUGACCUCGCAUGUGCCUGGCCAUGGGGGGGGGGGGGGGGUUGUUAGGUUAGGUUCCGUCGGCAGCACGGGAAUGUCAAAAGUGUUUGAUCUGCCGUGGUUGCUUUUUCCUGUAAGCCGAGUUUGGAUGUUUGGAAGUGGAAGGACGGG